CUUGUGAUACCGGUCCACCCCCACCCUGUAAACGACUUAGUCAUCAAAAGCAUCACGUGAUUAGAUCCAACUUUUUUACUCGUUGCCAAGCAUCCCGCAAUUGAGCUCUGCAACUAAAACCUCGGGGAAAUCGAGUACUGCAGCCAGUCAAUAUCACUGCAGAGUUCCCAAAACACCACGAUGCUGGCGCCUAGCGGAGGCAAGAUGCUCAAGGGAGCUCUUGCGAACACAAAUUCCGCGGUCACACUCCCAGCUUUUCUAGUGCCGGCCUUCCAAACGGCUGCUCCGCGACGCCAAUUCUCGAGCACGACGAAUAGAUCUUCGAAGCUCGGCCGAACGCCGAUAUCCAUCCCUCCCGGCGUCGAACUGAUGAUUGGAGAGCCUAAGGUUAAGAGGGAUCUUACAACAUAUCUGAAGAUAGCGAAGCGAACAGUCACCGUGACGGGUCCGUUAGGGAAGCUCGAUCUGGAAGUCCCUCCUUACAUUCACAUCAACCAUGACGAAGCUUUGAGAAGGGCGGUGCUCACGAUUGAGGAUACCAAUGCUAAGCAGCAGAAGGAGAUGUGGGGAACUACGUGGGCAUACUUAAACCGACAUAUCAUCGGCGUAUCGGAAGGGCACACAGCCGUCUUGCGAUUAGUAGGUGUGGGAUACAGGGCGACGAUCGAGGAGCGGCCGAGGAAGGCGCAGUAUCCAGGUCAGAAGUUCGUGUGCUUAAAGCUCGGCUUCACGCAUCCCGUAGAAGAACCAGUCCCCUUUGGGAUGAAGGCAAGCACACCCCAACCGACAAGAAUCCUGCUCGAGGGCAUAAACAGAGAGGAGGUCAUGUCCUUCGCAGCCAGGAUACGCAAAUGGAGAAGGCCGGAGCCGUACAAAGGGAAGGGUAUCUUCGUCAACGAUGAAACGAUCAGGCUCAAGCAGAAGAAGAUCAAGUAGUCGUUCUAUUUUCGCACGUAUAUCUAUGUACUAUACUACGGCGGAUACCCAUCCAAA